AGGAUUGCGCGUGAACACAUGUAAUGCGAGGAAGAUAAUGCCAUUUCUUCGAAUCUCGGAUUUCGUUACCUAAACAAUCAAGACUUGAUUAUAUUAGAAGGCUUGUCAUAGAUAAGCUUGUCUAGUUUGUCAUCACACACAUCAACAUAAUCGACGCAUGCGUAUUGCAAUAAAAUGUACAGACAAGGAUAGAUAGAUGUUGAGGACAACGGCAAGUCAGCUAUGCCCCUUCCAGUAUAUAUGCUCUUUACGGAACGCAGCCUGUAUAUCUAUGCCGAGCAGUUGUUGCAUUCCAAAAUGCAAAAAUACCACAAAAGAUGGUUUUCAUUUAUUUAGAUUUCCGUUGAAUCGUCCAGACAUUUUAAACAUGUGGAUGAAUGCCAUUGGAAGAGACGGUUUUAAACCCACAAAAUAUCAUUUAAUCUGUAGUGCUCAUUUCAUAGAUACAGAUUUUAUGGAAAGACCUAAUGCAAGUGGCGUACGUUUAAAAAAUCUUGCUGUACCUUCGGUAUUUUGUGAAACUCCAGCUCCUACCGUUAAUUCUAUUCCUGAGGAUGUUACAACAAUUGAGACUUCUUCAAUUGAGUUUGAUACUGCUUUUGCUUCUGCAUCUGCUGUGAUGCCAGCAACUGCAUGGCAAAUAAAUAUAUUAAAACCAAGAGAAGAAAAUUCAACAUUUUCAAUUCCAUCGCCGAGUACAAGUGCUACUGAUAGCAUCAAAAUAAACAUGCGAAAACCGAGAAAAGUCAUGGCCAAUUCACUUUUAAAAUUGAAGAAGCAGGAAAUGAGUCCACGGAAAAAGUUAAUGUGGAGAACGAUCAAGUCAUUAAAGCAAAAGCUAAAAAGAAAAGAAGAAAAAAUACAUUCUUUGGAGAACUUAAUAAAAACUCUAAGAUAAGUCAACAAAUCAUAAAUAUGUUUCAAAGCAGUAUAUAUAUUGAAGCUCGCACGUUCAGCUAUUUUGCUGUUCAGUGCAAGUGUAGCUAUAUAUCCUAACUUGUAGUGAAACUUUUUCGUAUAAAAAUAUACUGCCAUAUAAAUGAAUCAUGUAUUUACAAAUAGCUUACUUUUAAGUAAGCCUGCUGAAAUGCACAAAGAAAUGCUGCAAAAGAUAUGCUAUUUCAAACAAACUGAUUCAAUAAAGGCAAGCUUCAUUUAUACAGCUUUGGCCCAUUUCUACCAACGUAGAUUAAUUUUAAUCUCUGUUCAACUUACUUUUCAUCUUUUUCUAGUUUUAAGAAUUAGAUUAUUAAUUUAGUUUUAUUAUUAAUUUAGUUUUUAGAUUAGUUGCAAACGGCUCUUUGUGCUAAUGAUGUUGUAAAAUAUGAAAAUGUUUAAAAUUAUAAAAUUAUAUACAUUUUAUUAAUGUAAAUUGUAUAAACACUGAAUUGUACAUAUAAUUAGAACAAAGAAUCUUCUUGAGAGAGAGCCGAGUAAGAUUAUAGCUAACAAUUUUGACGGAAGCAUUGGCGAACUGUUCCAGAAUGAAUGGAUCAAUAAAAAUAGAAAUAAGAAAGGUUGUCGAUAUAGCGAUGAAAUAAAAAAAUUUGCUGUAA